AUGGUGAAAGGACAGGAGAUGGAGAUCAAUUUAGACGGCAUUAUUGAGAGGCUCUUACUGCAUCCCUCUCAUAAUGGUGCCGCGGCCUUGGCUUCCGCCUCCAUCGAGAGCCCUGUUGGCCGUCAAUGCAAAUACACCCGUCAGUCACGUCUCACUGCCUUCAAGAACGCACAGGCGAUGGAUUCACAUCGUCAAUUAAACGAAAUGUCGUCACUGAAGGAGUUGUCAGAGGUAGAGGUACGUUACCUUGUCAUACAGGCACGUAUGAUCUUUAUGUCACAGCCGAUGCUUGUAGAAGUAACAGCACCGGUCCGAAUUUGUGGUGAUGUGCAUGGGCAGUACCACGACCUUCUACGUCUUUUUGAUCUUGGCGGCUACCCACCGGAGGCCAACUACCUCUUUCUUGGUGACUACGUAGACCGGGGCGACCAGUCCCUUGAGACCAUAUGUCUUUUGUUGGCAUACAAGCUGCGUUUUCCUGAAUCUUUCUUUUUGCUCCGCGGAAAUCAUGAGUCUAGUAGCAUCAAUCGCAUCUACGGCUUUUUUGAUGAAUGCAAGCGCCGCUACAGCGUGCGGUUGUGGAAGCAGUUCACGGAUACGUUCAACUGUAUGCCGGUGGCUGGGCUUGUAGAGGAUCGCAUUUUAUGCAUGCACGGUGGCUUGAGCCCGGAGCUGAAACAACUCGACCAAAUCCGCUGCAUUCUUCGGCCAACCGAUGUGCCUGACAGCGGCCUCAUCUGUGACCUUCUCUGGGCCGACCCGGGCGAGUGCUCCGGCUGGGGUGAGAACGACCGCGGCGUUUCCUGGACUUUUGGCGAGGACAUUGUGCAGGCCACCUUGAAGCAGUUUGAUCUCGAUCUCAUAUGUCGUGCGCACCAAGUGGUGGAUGCCGGCUACGAGUUCUUCUCCGCCCGCCGCCUCGUCACGGUCUUUUCGGCGCCAAACUACUGCGGUGAGUUUGACAACGCCGGGGCCUUCAUGAUUGUGGACGAAAACCUUACCUGCAGCUUUGCGCAAAUUGAGCCCACAAACAUCAUGCUGCAGUACUCUUUUUAA